AUGGGCUUGACAUACAACGUCUACUUGACCUCCAACAAGAUCUUUGGCUGCAAGUCAUGCCAGACACAUCUAGCAGACUAUAAUGAUAUCAUCAGCCGCAACUUCCGUGGCCAGCAUGGUAAAGCGUAUCUCUUCAACAACGUCGUGAAUAUCACCCAAUCCGAUCCAGUUGAGCGCAGCAUGACAACCGGUCGCCACAUUGUUCGUGAUAUUUCGUGCCGCCAAUGCAAGGAGACUGUGGGUUGGAAAUACGACAAGGCCUAUGAGGGCAGUGAGAAGUACAAGGAGGGCAAAUUCAUUCUCGAGGAAGAGUUGUUAUGUCUGGUGGCUUAG